CUAAAGUCAGUUCAUUUUGGAGUUGUUUUUUUUUUUUUCUUUUCUUUAUUUUUCCUUUUAUUUUGAACCCGCACCGGACCUCAUCUGUCAAAAGGAUCAACUGUUGCUGCAGCCGGAGCGGCCACACACACAUUCUCCAAGUGCGUCUGCUUUCAUAAUGGAUGUUUGACCGUCACUUGGUCCUGCAUGCAGCUUUUUUAAAAUAAUUAUCAUGGAAGAGAGACUCAUUCUGUUGGUGAUGCCUCGGAUACACCUCCAUCUGUCCUGAUGUGAUGCCACUAUGUUGCACUGAGGAGAAUGAUAAUAUCCCACACCGGCUUUUUCAUCCUGGUUCAUCAUCUGUCUGUGUGAAACAAAACACUUUCAUUGUUUUUUCUCUUUAAUUUAAACACAGGCACAGUUUUGAUCACUGGACUUCACUGUCAAGAUUAACAGGCUUUUUGAUUAUUAUUAUUAUUAUUAUUAUUAGUGACCUUGCCCGGUUUUGACAUCUAUUCAGCUGGAGCUCAUCAUGCUGAUGAUGAUGGAGAACAGCGGCAUGGAUGCGCAUCAGGUUGAUAUCGAUUCGGAAUUUGAGCCUCACACUCGGUCGCAGUCGUGCACCUGGCCGCUGCCGUGUCCGGAGGAUUUCCCAGGGGGAGAAGAAGCGAACCGAGGUCUGGCCCUGGCAUCGGUCAAAGUGGAGCAGUAUAACGUACCCGCGUGUCGGGCCGAGAGAAAAGGCGGCGCACCGGCGGAGAUCAAGCAUCCGGCCGGCGCCCCGGCUCCGGUGGUGGCCGCUCCAGCCUGCAUGUCCGGAGCUGCGCUGGACGUGGCCGGCCAGCUGCGCAAAGCCAAGUCCUCCCGGCGGAACGCGUGGGGGAACCUGUCUUAUGCAGACCUUAUCACCCGUGCCAUCGAGAGUACCCCGGAGAAGAGACUCACCCUGUCCCAAAUUUAUGACUGGAUGGUUCGCUUUGUUCCUUAUUUCAAGGAUAAAGGCGACAGUAACAGUUCAGCAGGAUGGAAGAAUUCAAUCAGACACAAUCUGUCCCUGCACAGUCGCUUCAUCCGAGUGCAAAAUGAAGGCACGGGGAAGAGUUCCUGGUGGAUGCUGAACCCAGAAGGGGGGAAGAUGGGGAAGGGGCCCAGACGACGUGCAGCAUCUGUAGACAACGGCACCCGCUACCUGAAGACCAAGGGUCGCAUCAGCCGGAAGAGAGCAGGCGCCAUGGGGCUUGGGCGGGCACAAGGUCAAGGAGGCGGACCCGCAAUGCAGAGCUCCCCAGAGCAUGGCAGUCCAGCAGGGAAAGGAGGUGUGGGCAUGGGUGGUGAGGAGUACGACACCUGGACGGACCUCCACUCCCGCACCUCCUCUUCGGCCUCCACAUUAAGUGGCUGCCUGUCACCGAUUCUGGCUGAGGCGGAGGCUGAUGAACCGGAGGAGGGCGGACUGUCUUGUUCUGCCUCUCCACGGCUGUACCCAAGCCCUACCAGCACUCGCUCCCCAGCUUUAGGCACGGGGGGCCACUGCCCCACUGUGGAGCUGCCCCAGCUCACAGAUCUCACCGGGGCCAUCAGUCUAGAUGAGAGCAGCUACCCACAGCCCCCGCAAAUCAAAUGCAACGGCUACCCCUAUGUGCCUGGGCCCAAGGCGGAGGGCUCCUACUGCGGGCCCUUGUAUGGGCAAGCCUCCAUGGGCAUGCUCCGGCACCACACACCCAUGGAGACCAUCCAGGAGAACAAGCCUGUCAGCUUCCAGCGAGUGAUGAGGGGCUACUCAGAGAACAAUGCACUUCAGAGUCUCCUGACCGGAACUUCUCCAUACUGCAACAAGGACACGGUGCUUGGCCAGGGGCGGGACACACAUACACUAUUGACACAGGGAACCAAUGGCAUUCAUAGGCAACACAGCCACAAUCAGAGCCGCAAUCACAAUCAUAACCACAAUCACAACCAGGAGCACGCUCACAAUCCCAGUCUGCACAACGGCCACAGCUCAGUUCAUGACCAGAACACAACCCACCAUCAGAACCACAAUCAGAGUCACAAACACCAAGCCAGCCUCGAGUACAGCCACAGUCACAAGCCUCACCCUGCCCACGAUUACGGUCCAACGCUUGAGCACAGUCACAGUAACAAAGUAAGCCCCAGCCAUGACCACAACCCUCGCUCCAGCCAGAUGCACAACCACAACUCCCACAACCCUAUGCACAACGGGCCCCACCCCCAGGCCUUAUCCCCGCGGGUCAGCACUGACAUCCUGCAGCCCUACAGCCUCAAGACCUCAAACCUCUACGGGCCCCGUCCUCACCUUCCCACGUCCCCUUCCCUGCCACCCAAUCCUGCGGGGGUCUUGGAUGUUCCCCAGGACCCUUGUCGCCUGGCUUCAGCGCCUCACCCCCGUCACCAGCCAUAUCCAGGAGCUCAUCAUCAGGGCAUGACCGACUCCUGGCACGGCUACUACCACAACAACCACCAAUCGGGGAAUAAUGGUUACCAGGGGCAACAACACAAUUCCCACAGUCGAAUGGCUGCCAACCUGGAGAUGGAGAAUGUCCCUAACAGCCUGGACUGUGAUGUAGACUCCAUUCUGCUCAAUGACUUUAUGGACACAGAAAACAUGGACUUUAACUUUGACGGUUCUCUGUCCCAAGGCUUGGGCAUGGGAAUGGGCAUGAGCUUAGGGGCAUUUGCUUGCCCUCCAUCAGUGCACAGCAACCAGAGCUGGGUGCCAGGGUGAACAUAGGCCCGAGGGGUUUGGAUAGACACAUGACCGGAAAGCUCCCCCACUGGGCCAGGCUGCUGGUGGGCUCUGCCCUUGGACUGACUGACUGUGAUUCUGUUUUGGGUUUUUUUUCUUUUUUUUUCUGAAACUGUACAACAAAAUACAUAUUGUCAUUUUGUUUCCCGGGGACUCCCUGUGCCCUCACAUCCUCCUCUUCCUCUCUGUGCCCCCCCUGUUUAUUAAGCUCUCUGUCUCCAUAUUGAACCUGCCCCCAAUGAGCCCUGUGCUAACCCCCCCCCCAGUUCGGUUCAUCGCCUUCAGUUUUUUGUUUUCCUACACUCUCUUCUCUAUCUCGUCCUGCCUGUCCUAAGCUUUCAAGCACUUUACAUCCAUCCUUUCAUACAGAUGCAGUAACACAAAGACCAGGCAAAGUCGCGUUGUGUGUUGGCUUAAGUUUAAUGUAUGCAAUCCACUUUAAAGUAUUAUCUCCUCCUACAAAGGAGGUGUUGUUUUUGACUUGAGAACAUGAUCAAACAGCUGCAUAAAUAUCUUUCGAUGUAGAGGUUCUCUCAAUUGGGGGUUAAAAGGCAGAGAAGGCUUUGAGGUUUAGGGAUGAAGAAAAAAGGGUGGUUUUAGAGGAAGAAUGAAUUAAAUAGAGUGAAGAAUGGAAUGGAAAGGAAGUUAAGGGUUAGUAGGUGCGUUUCCAUCCAGCUGUUUUAUUCAUAUUUUCAGUUUGUGCAGUGUGUAGUGGAAUUGCUGAAAAACACUCCAAAUAUUGCCAAUACGUUUCUUUUUUUUUAAUCAAUAAAAGGUACAUGUAAACAGAUGCACAAGGAGACUGCAGCAUUUACUGACUUAAUACAAGAAACACAAACGCCAUAUUACGUGGAAAACAGCCAAAAAAUAAUCAACUUUUAUCAAGAGCUGCAGAAACAAACUUAACGAACUGUGGUAAAUUCUGACAAACAUGACAUGUGAGAAAAGUUUGAAACAACAUAUGAUCCAGACCUGUUGUUGGGUUUGGGAGGUGAAUCUGAACUCAGCUGAAGCCAGGUUUUUUUUUAAUACUUCGAUCAGCUCCUCAGUCAACAGCUCAGGUUGUAUGUUCUUGUAUGAAGUACUACAUCUAACCAGCAAAGUCUUAAAUGGUUACGAAGGCGAGGAAGAACCAACGUUUAAUAUUUGCAUUAAUGUAAUGGAUGGAAACACACAUUAAUUUACAUUUUCUUUUUGACAACAUUAUGAAAAUUGGGUAUAAAUUUGUGAUUGAUGUCUGGAAAACCUGUUCUAAGUGUGACUUUUCCUCCUGCUGUUGUACAGUGGUGUUUCCUGUUGGGUUCAGUACAGGAGGACAGCCAUCUAUCAGGCAACCAUCAGCACCACUCAAUUGAAAUGCAACGUCCCUUCUUUAAUCUCCAAAGUAAUGCCAGAGUGAUGCAUCACUGUUGCAAAUCUAAUGCGCCACUCUGUGUUUUUUCAGCCCCCCCUUUGCUCUUCAACAUCGGACACACCGGCUUAAUGUGUUUUGGCGAAAGUGAUGAUUAAAGUCACUCUGCACUAAAUGGGGAGGGAUUGAAAGGGGUGGUGUUGGGGAAGGGAGGGCGGCAUUGAAGGGAUGAUAGGAGAGGAGAAAUGCAAAUAUUCCCUCUGUGCCUCUUCCUCUCCAUUUUGUGGAUUUAUGUAGCUUUCCCCGUAAUGAAAUAAGCAACGAUCAGAGCCUGCUGUACAUCCUGAGGAGCACUCUGAUUGGCCUGCGCCGAGCCGCCUCAGCGUGGCUCCUUCACCAGCUGACCCCAGAACAGCUUAGUGAGCAGCUGCGGUCAGGCCUGGAUGUUGAUGGAGAUGCCGUCCACAGACCCUGGGCAACCUUGUCUAAUUCACUAACACCAGGUUCAGGCCCACUCUGUGCUUUUUACUCCUGCGAAUUGCACACUGAUGAACAGCAUCAGCAGAUUACUAUUUGGUGCUAUCUCCUCUUCCCAGGCUCCCUCCUAUCGCGCCGCCCCAUCCCGAGGUUACUCGGAGGGUAAACAAGAGUAAUUAACCGCCAAACAAGAUGGAUGAUUUAUGCAAGUGUGUGUAUUCGCUCAUCGGCACAAAGUCAUAAUUCUUUCCCCCCGCCACGCACAAAGAGGGUGAUUUUUGAGAGGUGGUGCCCAGCGACAAGGUAAAGUGGCUGGCAAGCAGUGAGCGUACAGUGUCCUUCAAGUCCCUUAACAAGCGUCCCCCAGCCCGUCCCCUGCCAUAGCUUUACUUUGCUGUUGUCUUUUCUUGUGCUUGUUCCGUGAUUGUGCAGUUGUCUGUCCUGUUUCAAUACAGCGUGGAUAGGAGCUUUCGUGUGCAUUUUUUAUUUAUUUAUUUCUCUUUCCCAAAGGGAAAAACAGGCUAAAGGAAAAGGGGCUUUGGCCAACCAUUGUCCUGGCGCCUCUCCCGCUCGAGAUAAAAAGAGUGGCAACAAGAGGGAGAAGAAAGGUAGAUAGAUACAGAGGAAUGGGAGGGAGGGAGGCAGAUGAGAAGGCAGGAUCUGUGAGACUGGGAGAGAUUUUCCAGCUCGGUAGCUUUUUGUAGAAUUGGCUGUUUGAAUCAGGCCAAAUGUCAAGUGCUACUCAGCCAGCUCCGGCGAGCUUUGACCAGAAAGCCACUUCUCCCUCCUGAACGAGGACAAUGACGGGUAUUUCCAUACACAUUUCUUUCGCUAUCUUCUUUCCUUUCAUGAGUUAAGAUGGCCCAUUGUUGUAACCCAGCUGUAGUUUGUUCUCUGGCCCGUGUGCACUUGUGUGUCAAGCUUCUCGUGGGGUGUGUGAAUGUGUGCGCGCAUGUGUGUAGCACAGUGAUGUACACGAACUGAUUAAGGGAAUAAUGUUGAGAACUAACUUGCCCUGGUAUUGUCUAUGCCUGGCUGAGUGCAGCAUACAUAAUAUAUACAGUUUAUAUUUAUUGGUCUGUGGAGGCCGGCUCAGACCCCCUCAUUGCUUUGUCCUCUUGAUUACAGAGGCAAAAUGCUAUUUCAGUUUGACUACAUUUCAUUCUGUAAAUAGUCUAUAUUGAGAAAAUUGUAUUAUAAUUUUUUUGCAAAUAUCAGUUUCUUUUCUAAAAUUAUGUAUCUGCUCAUCUGGUAACCGUAAAAUAAAACAAAUAAGAACA